UGAACUGGAGCGGGGGAGUUUUUGGAGCUGCUCCGCUGCAGCACACACUUCCGUGUUGCCUGUCACCGUAAAGCAGGAAGCACUGUAGUAAUGUGUAGGAGUUAAUCUGUCCUGCUGCUGUUUACCUACAGGUGAAGUGAGACAGCGGGAGAAGCUACAUGGAGGCUAACUAACACAGGACCAAUCGGUGCUCGGCAUACAGAGGAACUGCGGUACAUUAGCACCAGGAUGCCAGCCGGAGUGUGUGGCUGCUGUGGGCCGCUGAGGCCAAGGUACAAACGCCUGGUGGACAACAUCUUUCCUGAGGACCCCAAAGAUGGCCUCAGUAAAUCAGACAUGGAGAAGUUGACCUUCUACGCUGUGUCGGCUCCAGAGAAACUGGACAGGAUCGGAGCUUACCUGGCUGAGAGGCUGAGCAGAGAUGUGGUGCGACACCGCUACGGGAACGUUGUUAUCGCCAUGGAGGCUCUGGACCAGCUGCUGAUGGCCUGUCACUCUCAGAGCAUCAAACCCUUCGUGGAGAGUUUCCUGCACAUGGUGGCCAAGCUGCUAGAGUCCAGAGAACCAGACCUGCAGGUGCUGGGGACCAACUCGUUUGUGAAGUUUGCCAACAUUGAGGAGGACACGCCGUCUUACCACCGCCGCUACGACUUCUUUGUGUCCCAGUUCAGCGCCAUGUGCCACUCCACUCAUGAAGAUCCUGAAACCAGAACCAGGAUCCGUGUGGCCGGGAUUAAAGGUCUGCAGGGCGUGGUGAGGAAGACGGUGAACGAUGAGCUGCAGGCCAUCAUCUGGGAGCCCCAGCACAUGGACAAACUGAUCCCGUCCAUGCUGUUCAACAUGCAGGACAGUGAUGACCUGGACAGGGCGGGGCACCCCAGCACACCUUCAGGGGCAGGUCAGGAUGGCGAGGAAAAUCCGGCAGCGCUGGCAGAGAGCUGCUUCAGGGAGCUGCUGGGCAGGGCGGCCUACGGCAACAUGAACAACGCUGUCCGACCUGUGUUGGUUCACCUGGACAACCACCACCUGUGGGACCCCAAUGAGUUUGCUGUCUCCUGCUUCAGGAUCAUCAUGUACUCCAUCCAGGCUCAGCACUCCCACCACGUCAUCCAGCAGGUGCUGAAUCACCUCGACACUCACAACAAGAACACACCAAGGGUCAGAGCUGGCAUCGUCCAGGUCCUGCUGGAGACUGUGGCCAUCGCUGCCAAAGGCUCAGUGGGUCCCACAGUGCUGGAGGUGUUCAACACUCUGCUCAAACACCUGAGGAUGAGCGUGGACUUCGAGCUGGGCGAGAGCUCGAGGAGAAACUCCAGCACCAGCGUUUCAUCCGGCCGCGGCAAAGAGAGCGAAGAGAGAAUCGUCCAGAACGCCAUCAUCCAGACCAUCGGCUUUUUCGGUGGAAACCUGCCAGACUACCAGCGAGCUGAAGUCAUGAUGUUCGUCAUGGGCAAAGUGCCAGUGUACGGGACCCCCUGCCACACCUUGGACACCGUCAAGAUUGGGCAUCAGGGCACCAAGCGGAUCCAGACCAUGCUGCUCAGCUCUCUCAUCAUGGUAACCUCUGGCUUCAAGUCCAAGUCCAUGGCAGCUGCGUUGCCUCCUCCCUUCCUGGAUCCGCUCUUCUCCAUCUCUCUGAUGGAGGACAGCGAGCUGAGGCAGCUGGUGCUGGAGAUCCUGCACAACAUCAUCGAUCGCCAUGACAACCGUGCCAAGCUACGCGGCAUCAGAAUCAUUCCUAACGUUGCAGCACUGAAGAUUAAAAGAGAGAAGAUUUCCAAGCAAGAUGUUGCAUUCAUGAAGAAGCACGGCCAACAGCUCUACCGUCACAUCUAUCUGGGCUGUAAAGAGGAGGAUAAUGUCCAUAAAAACUUUGAGCUGCUCUUCACCACCCUGGCCAUUCUGACCAUCGAGCUGGCCAACGAGGAAGUCGUGAUCGACCUCAUUCGACUCUCCAUUGCUCUACAGGACAUGGCUCUGACUAACGAGGAGAACAUGCCGAUGUUUAUCCGCUGUGGCAUCAUGGCGUUGGUGGCGGCGUACCUUAACUUCCUGAGCCAGAUGAUUGCAAACCCUCCCUUCUGUCAGCACGUCAGCAAGGUUAUUGAGCUGAGGAACAUGGAUGCUCCGUACCUCCUCCCAGAGCACAUCUUCAGGGACAAGUGUCCACUCCCUGAAUCUCUGAACAAGGAGGACAGACCGCUGUACUUCCAGACAGCUGACAUGGCGGAGUGUCUGGCAGGACCAGGAUACAACGCAGAGAGACUCUCCAUCCCAUACGUUCCCCAGGUCACAGAUGAAGAUCGUCUGACUAGGAGGAAAAGUUUCGUGGACACAAUUUCCCUUCAGGUGGACAUCAUGUCCAACAGCCUUCCAGACAAGUCCCAGCUAGCUGAGGAGAUCACGUUUGAGACCCUGAAGAAGGCCAUCGAUACCACCGGCCUGGAGGAGCAGGAGAGGGAGAAGAGGCGUCAGGUGAUGGAGAAGUUCCAGAAAGCUCCAUUUGAAGAGAUCGCUGCUCACUGCGAGUCCAAGGCGAACAUGUUGCACGACCGGCUGGCACAAAUCUUUGAACUUACAAUCAGGCCUCCACCCAGCCCGUCUGGAGUGGUUUCCAUCUCAUCGGGACACACUCAGCACCAGUCCGUCCCCGUCUACGAGAUGAAGUUCCCAGACCUGUGUGUCUACUGAUCACAACAUUGAAAGGAAUAACACACACACACACACACACACACACAUACACACACUUGUACAAAACUAGCUGAAAUGCAAAAUCAAAAAUGCUAAGAAAGAACUACACAAUCACAAUCUGUAUUCCAGUCUCCUGUAUUCAGACCAGCACAAAGUUGUCACACAAAAUGCAGCAAAACAGCCAUUUUCAAUUUGAUAUGAAGAGGUGUAAAAAAAAAAAAAAAAAAAAAAAACUUCCCUAAUCUCUUUCUAAUUCUGUUUGAGAGCCUCAGAAGUGAAGCGGUACUUCUAAAUCCAAAAAAGCCAUUCAGCUGUUAUUAAAACUUGCUCAACAUCUCUUUCUGCUCUUUUUAAAUUCCUUAACUCUUACUUAAUUUUGAAGCAGACCAUUAUUAACCCUGCCAGCUCUAAACAAACUGAUUUGCUGUAUUUUGUUGCCUGACUAACAUACGUGAAACUAAACAUACAAGUCACCAAGAACAAAAACAAAUGAACAGCUUCCACUCUGAGAUUUCAGUGAUAGAUGCUGAAUCAGAUGUUGCGUCCCAGCAUGCCUCCGAUCCGGUAUCAUCUCUGGUCUGGCCAAAGCUUCACACCUUGUACAUACGCCGUAGUCUCAAAUUAAACUCUCGUACAAACGGCUAAAAGCAGUCUCAGGGUUAAACCUUGAGUCUGGUUUUUGCUGUGAUGCUCCGUCUUCAGAGCCAGCUUCUGCCUCUUAACAAGUAUCUGUUCUUAUCAGUAGGCGUCAGUGCAGUCGCUAAUAGGUAGAAAUGUUCAGUAUAUUAGCUGUCAGAUAGAAAAUCAGAAUAACUUCACUGGUAGUAGAAGGCAGGUUAGUUUUAGGCUCACUGCUGCUCAGUCUAAUCAGUCUUCACUGUUCAGUCUUUGCUAUUUAAACUCAAACGCCAUAAACGACUUCAACAAGCAGCUAAGCUUCAUGAUUGGAAAUGAAUUGAAAGCAGAACUUAACUGGUCUUGAACUGCUUGGCAGAGACUCCUAAAAGACAAGCCAAAGAGAGUUUUCAGUGCUGCUCAGCAGAAACGGCUCGCUCAUGCUUGGUGAUUUUGUGUUUGCUUCUGAUCUUGUGUUCCAGAGCUCUUGGAAAUGUUGAGUAUUUAGACAGAAAUGUUGGAAAGCUUCAGUUUAACUGUGUAAAAGCAUCAGGAAUAAGAAAUCAGACCAAAGUAUUGUUUUUUAAGAGGUUCAUAAAUUCCAUUUUCAUCGCUGAGUCAUGUUACUGAGGUGUUUUCUCAGUGGUUCUACUUCAAUUUAAAUUAGAUUGUAAAACGAUACUAACAGUUGAUGUUAUGUGAGGUACGAAGACAAAGAUUUUCUAUUUGGCAACAAAAUCUCACAGCAGUCAGUGUUGUUUGCCAGUUUUUGCUAAUUUGUUGAUGCUGUGUCUCCAAACCAAAAGCAAUAUAUAGAUAUUGUGUCAGCAUGAUGUUCAGGUGACUGUGAAGUAACUGUAAGAGACAUCGAGUGUUGGUUUAGCAGCCGUGUCAUAAGAACGUCUUCCUCAAAACUGAAUGGGUCAGAAGCAAAGUGGUUGAAGGAGAGAGAAAUCAAAAAUGUGAAAAUGUAUGUUCAGGAAACAGGAGAUAAUCUCCAGCACCAGCCUGCAGAGACUCAUUGUUGAGUGUAAAUACAGCUUUUGAUUAUCAGCCAGUGUCGUGUUGAUGUUUGUUUCCAAACAGAUUUGGAAUGAAACCCUGUAAUCCAGAUCUAAUGACGGAGGACUCAGAUACAACAUGACUGUUUGUUGCCGCAUUAUUUUCCUCUAAAUGUCUUCAAAGCCAACAGGUCAUGAAUAUACAGAGCGAGCACAAAACUUACACUGACACAUUUUAACUCUUUAGAGAUGUGAACUGCAUUGAAGGAUAAUUCAUUUUCCAUCGGAAAUAAUUACAUGCACUUAUUUUGCCUAAUAUUAGACUGAACUGACUCUUCGCUAAGCCCCGCCCGUUUGUGAUGGUUCGUCAAGCUGUCUGGUCGAGCAUGGAGCCCACGCUGUCACUAACUGCACUCCCUGAAGAACUAUUAUCACAUUCUUGGGGGAAAAAUUCCCAGAGAGAAGCAGACAGAGGGGUCUACAGUCUGUGUUUGAAGGAUAUAUCCAGGAUGUCAAACUGACUCAGCAGCAACAACAGGUUAAAAAGACAAAGAUAGUUAGAAGCUAAAGCCGAACUAUAGGCUACAGAUCAAAGUGUAAAAAUGGCGAUCGAGACAGAAGACAAUGAAUAUAAAGGAAAACUUUAUAUUCCAGCAGCUGUGUGGCAUCGCAGUGUGUGCAGAUCAACUGUGUUUGCCUCCCCUGUGCCACCAACUGCCAGACUUCCGCUGCUGGUUUCCUGAAGGAGCUCUGGGGGAAUCCAAACAACAUUCAUGUGCACACACUGCGAUGCCACACAGCUGGUUGAAUAUGAGCAAAGUUUCCCUGCUUCCCUUCACUGGUUCCUGUACAGCAGGGUCGGUCUUUGUAGUCUGCUGUAGUCAUGCAAAGGCAAAAGCAGCAUGUGUAUACAUUCAGUAGGCUAUAUCUUCAGUAGCUAGCUAGCUAACCCUACACUUUUCAGGGUUUGGUUUUGGUUUUGGAACAGGGAAGAAACGUAUAUCUUUUUCCAACCUCUCCAGGUAACAAGUGUCAUUAAUGACGACGUGCCCCAGGCACAACAUUUAGCUCCAGAUCCACAACACCAGCCUGAAAAUUAAGGAAAUCUGAAACGAUGGCAUUAGAGUCAAUGGAGCACAGCUGUGUUGUUGUCGUACGCUGGUCUGAGCCGGCAGAUGCUAAACUAUGAUCGGCAAGUCGUUGUUCCAGGGGCAGGACUUAGCAAAGGGUCAGUUGUCAACAUGUUGCACUUCCUUCCCAUCUUCAGUCUGACAUUGCAUCCACUCCACACUGAUUUCUGUGAGGGAGGGGGUUCGAUUUUCCCUAACUAAUCACUAGAGACCAAUGUGUCCACUUCUAACAUCAUUUUAAGUCCACAUUGAUGCAUAGCCAGGACAACAUAUGUGUUCUUUGGCUCAACAUAUCACAGCACUUAUUAGGGCUUUGCUCAGACUUUGAAUGUUCAGUUACUGUUAGUUUACGCUGAGCACAAAGGAAGAUUUUGGGCUUGAUGUCUGUUGCUGUCUUUCAUGGAUGUGGUCAGGCGGCUAGCUACAGAGGAAGAUAACGUUGGUUGCUUACGUCUAGAUAGCAGAAAUAACCAUUAUUAGGCGUUACGCUGCAGCUUUUUGAGUUGCUGAACAAGUCAGAGAUGUGAGCAGUUUAUCUGAGGUCUGAAGAUAUUGUGGUGUUGCCACCUAUGAUUCAGUUCUCAUCUGCCCCCUACUGGUCAUACUUUUUAACCGCACAGAAACAUAAACACAGGUUUUUGAACAAUACAGCUCAUGUGACAGCUUUUUGUCAUGCAUACAUGUUUUUAAAAUCAAGUUCUGAAGCGCUGUUAGUUUGUGAUAUUGAAUACACAUUUAUCUGUAGAUGCUCAGCUCCAGAAAUCUAGCAGUGGCAUCAACUGUAAAAAGACGCUUUUCUUUCUGUCGUCCAGCAGGAUGACUUUCUUUUGUACUUCCUGUGCACAGUUAGUAUGUUGGCCGUGUGCAGCUCCAGUUUGACCUGCAGCUUUGAACUCCUCACAGCUUUGUUGGCAGCUCAUGAAAAACCAAAACACGUUUCGUUGCCAAAGACAGAAGUCGUUCCUCUCUCGUUCUAUAAAUUCGAAAUGUCUAAAUCUUUAAAUACUGGAGUUUAUCAGAGUCGGCAUCCUCCGAGGAGCCAUAUAGAGAGUUUCACUCCAAACAAAGAGACCAGCAGCAGCUCAUCAGAGUUAACCCCCACCUUUAGCCACUCUGAUACAAAGCACUGACAUUUUGGAGGAUUUAAUCAUCUGUGCUUUUUCGACAGUUACCACAGGGACACGUUUUGUCUCCAAAAGGGUUACAGGGGGCGUUUUUGGAAUGAGAUCCUUCAUAUCUGCUGGAGCUGCAGCUGUGAUCUGUAAUAACAGAUGGUUAUCAGUAUUUCCUCUGAUCUGAGCUCAGUGUAGGAAGAAAAAUCCCUCCAGUUGGAGGCAGAUACCUGCUGCCACCGUUUGGUCUGAGCAGCUGUGCAGAGCACAUCGCCGCCGCUGCUUAAUUCCAGGUUGAAGGUCAGUGCUUUCUUUCACUCGGAGAUUACUGGUUUGUGUGUGAGUGUAUCCUCAGUAAACUAAGCUCUAUCAGUUGACCAGUUUGUGGGGAUGAAUUAAUGAGUCUGGCUUGGUCUCAUUGCGCCUUUUAUCUGUUUAGAGGUGGACAGAAUUAUACGGUGAGUGAUGGAAAAAUAAGAUGGAAAAGCGAAUGAAAGAGACAAGAAAAAAAUUGCGUGCUGUUUUGUAUGUGGCCGUGUAUGUUUCAGAUGGUUUUGUAUGUUAAAGGUUGUUGAUUGCAGGUUGUGUCCCUGAACGAGAAAGGUUGGCAAAGUGAGCUUUGUUUGAAAUCACCAACAUGAGCCUGAAAAAUAUGAACUUUGGCUGGUAAUUUUUAAUCUUCUUCAGAAGCCACUUUGACGGCAAAGUAGGUACUGACCCCAUUUCCACCUGGUAUUGACGCACACAAUCUUUAAUCUUUUCAAUUUAUCUGCAUGUGUAAAAAUACACAUAUAAUGCAGCAGAACACGUUGCAGUCUGAAUGCUGUUUGAUCAGACCACAUGUGGAGAUGAUCUGGCUGACGUGAUCAGAUCUCUGUGGGUGUACAUGACGUCUGUACAAACAUUUCCAUUUCUCUGGGCUCUUUGAGAACUUCUCAUCCACGUUGGUUUAAAGGAAUACGUCACCCACAGAAUGACUGUUAGUACGUCAGUUAAUCAGCCUGUGUUACAUUGAAUUCUGAAAGAAAACCUUAUUUUUCUUGAAUGCCUCCACAGUUAACGAAAAUCAAAAACUGACGAUGAAUUAAAGUGAAGGGCACGGCAUUCAACACCAGCAAAACUAUAUAAAAAUAUCUGUUUAUACACUUUAAUGCGACUCGUGCAGUAUAAUCCAAGUCUCAUUUAUCCAAUUAAGGGCUGCCCCCGACUAAGAAUUCUCGUAGUCGACCAAUAGCUGUCAUCAGGGACUAGUCUCCUGCAUGUUUCUGAUAUGAAUGUAAUGAUUAACUGAUAUAUUUUGGUGGUUUGAGUUGAAGGUGUGAGAAAGAAUAGUAUCAGUAACAUUGUUAACACUGUGCUACAUUACAGAGAAAUACAAACCGUACUAAUGAACCUUCAUUAAUAUAGGCCUAUAUUUUAUCUACAAGUGCACGUCACACACUGAGCGAGCCGCCUGUUAAUGACGCUGUGGGCUAAUGGGCAUGUAGCUACUUCCAUGUUUCAGAUGAUACGUCAUGUUUGUAGUCGACCAAUGAAGAUGAGUUUACAUAUCACCUUGGGUUCGUCCUUCACCUUCUCAAAAUGAUCCCACACUUUGGAUUUCCUGCCCGACAUGUUAUUAACUAGCCUGUGGAAUAACCGCAGGUACCAGCCCUGGAAAUUAACCUGACUCCUGUCUGACUGCUGAGCGUGGACACUUCCUGUGUCUGUCCUUUCACAUUAAAGUCCCACAAUGGUUUGGAUUGGUUUUGACGAGGUGCAGCUCGUGAUAGUGUUUCAUCUUUUUGGUUAAUUUUUUUCUGCGACGAAGCAAUAAAUGAAAUCUUGUUGACUGGUGACCUCUCUGGUCGACCAGUGUUUGGUCGACUAUUAGCGGGCAGCCCCAGUCCAGUUGUAUUCUUAGUACUUUUCAAACACGUGCAUUUUCACUAAAACAUUAUUAAGAAGCCCUGCACAUGAGGUUUUAGUGAAAACUGGUGUGGAAGUACUGAGCUCACAACUGAAUGAAUGAGACUUGUUUUCUUUUUCCUCCGAAAUUAGCACACAAAUGUGUUUUUCCUUUAAUUUAAAGCACAAGAAAACCUGCUAAAAUAGAUGAUAGAUUCUUUUCCCAUUGCCAGUACACCACAGCUGUGUAUCCCAGAGUACCCUGCUUCAAAAAAUCUGAACUAUCCUUUUAAUACCAGGUUUAAAUGGAGUCUCUGUUAGCGUCCUCUGUUCUGAAUAUGGUGUUUAGCUGACUGCAGGUGGCUGGAGAUGUUUGGAAUAAACCAGCCAAUGUGAGUUUUGGUUAAAGACGUAGUUUCUCUGUCGAGUUUGUAGUCUUUUGUCAGGAAGGGCAGGAUUCAGAGAAAUGGAAAUACCUUAGAUCUUUUCCUCUGUAUAUAAAAAAAUGCAUUAAAGCGAUUUUAUCUUUUGUGCAUAUCUGCGCUGCGUAACGUCUUAGCUUUAAAUGCUAACUCUUAUGAUUUAAUAUCAUAGCUCUACAUAAAAACAUGCAUUAUAUGAAGUAACUGCAUGAUAUCUUAGUAUGACGUCGUCGACCCCUCAGGGGGCGCUGGGAAUAUAAAUCCAUCUAAACAAACUUUAUCGACUGAAUCUAAAAAUCAUAUUUUUCUUCAAACUGAUGUAAAAUGAGCCAGCACAGUGGGGACAUGUCACUGAUUUGAGUUUGGAGGAAAGUACGAUUUGCACAGGAGAUGAACAGUUUGCUUAGAUGUGGCUGGAAUACAUGAUCACUUCCUUUAUGAAUGUGUCAUUAUAGCAGUAUAUCAUAUAUUUUUGUACAUUUUAUGCAUCACGUAUCGUCAAACUGUUGCCUGGUAGAGAUUUAGAGAUUGGGAGAUGUAUUCUUGUCGAUCACAUUCAUCAUGAUGAAGACAAAUGCUGAUCUCUUUUUAUUUUAAGAUUUUACAUUUGUGUUGUUUACUAUGAAGAGGACGGUUCAGGGUUUCAAUGGGAUUGUGCAGUUCUUAUCAAUGCGGGAGAAAUGGUCUCAUUUCUGAAAAUGUUACUUGAUUUUUUUUUAAUGUAGAAUCCAUUAUAUCAUUUCAAAUAUGCUGAAAAAUUAAUGAAUAUUAUAUCUAUAGUCAGAUGAUGUCAGUUAUUUUUGCAUACUACAGAGAACAGAAGAGUAAAUCAGCAAAUUUCAGCUUCUAGGUUUUAUUUUCCUCCCAGAAGUUGCAGCUUCAGCUCAGACUCAUCAGCAGAGUUUUAGAUAUGAGUUCAUUUCUGAGAAGAUUCAGCUCCAGAUUCACUAAAAUUAAUUUGCAGAGUCAGUUUACAGUUCUUGUGGCUUUUAGUUUAGAAACAAACCCUCUAAAAGACCACAGAGCAAAACAGCCACUUCAUCAACAUUAGAACAAGUGCAAACUGCUUAAUCAUCGUCACCAGUAUUCUGAUGCUCUUUAAAUCUAUUUAACAGCAACGUUCUGUGAUCUGAAGCCUGAGGUUUGCGUUGGACCCAUUUAGGCGUCUUGAAAACAAAGAAAGAUCCUGUUUCAUGUGUGGAGCUCACAGUAUAAUCACAUCUCUGAGGUUUAAUUGAGGUUAUUUGCAAAACUUCUCGCUUCGCCUGACACAUGAUAAAAAAUAAAUAAAUAAUCAAUGGUUUUCAAACUGUGAGGCGCUUCCCCACACAGUCAGCAGUUGGAGCAGCAGCAGAGUCUGUGACACACAGCUCGUGGAGGCAAUUAAGGCACUUUAAAACGUUAGCGCCUGAUUGCUGCAAUUAGAGUAAAAAAUCGUACUCCGUCUCAGAGUCAAGAAUCCAGUGACAUUAUCUGUGCAUCCAUCAGAUCAUUUGCCAGUUUGCCAAAAUGUAAACGAAAAACAGGGAAACUUUAAAAGUUUUAAAACCUAUAAAAGAUAUUUAAGAGUUUCCUUGAGACUUAAGCUCUAAAGCUGCUUUCACACAACUGCGUGAUAACCAUCCUGACAACCGGCCACCUCCAACAGCUGCGAUGACGGGCAGGUGAUUCAGUGAACACUGGCAGAAGUGCUAGCCAGCCGUACUGUAGCAGGAAAAUGGAAAUCACUGAAAUUACCAACGAUUUCUAGCCUGGUGAGAACAUCCUGUUGACGUGAGCUCAACAUUCUGUUUGCUCUCUGCAUCAGUCCGGACUCUGUGCUGCCCCAAACACUCACCUUGAUAGACAAACCUUCAGCCAAUCAGCGUAACAAAGCACCGGGAACAUCUUCUUCAUCACAAAUGGAGCCAAGUGAUAAAUGACGCUUUUGCGUACACUUGUUGUUUAAUUGUUAUUGACUCUGUUUCUGCAGUAAUUUCACUUACAAUAUAAGAGUUAGCGCUUGUUGCCUAUGAGACGCCAUGACUGUUCUGCAAGCUGCCGCCUGCAUUUUACGUCAUCAACUACAGCACAGUCCCUGAUUGGCUCCAGUGGAAUAUACUCUAAAUACCUGGAUAGGAGGCGAGUCCAGACUGAUACAGUGAGCGAAACAGAAUGUUGAGCUCACGUCAUCGGGUCGGUUUUAUUAGCCUGAAAGAUUUCUACAUAUUUGGACAGUUUACCUACAGUAGUAUCUACAUUAUCAGCUCCUCCGUCUUGUCUUCUUUCUGCUAUCCUGAUGCUGCAUUUUAAUUGUCAAAAGCCAGGCGGCAACCGACAAAAUUUCAAAAUGGUGAAGUCAGAGUGGCAGAGCUAAAUCUGUGCAUGUGGCGGCAACCGCUUUAUUCCCCCUUCCGCCAUGUUGGAAACCGCUUAUGGCUGGAGGCAAUUUACCAGCAGUGGUGUGAAAAAUGUAUGAAUACAUUUUAAAUAUAUCACACCGAGCAAAGUGAACUCUUGUACUUGCACUUAUAUUCACGAGUUAUUGAGAUUGCAGAGCUGUCUUGCGUUGUGUCUGUUAAAACAGUUAUCACCGCUGCUGCAUUGCAUUGUGGGAUAGGUUUGCCAGCGUAGUGUGCAGCAUUUUCAUACUGUAAUAUUCCACUGUUAGUAGUGCCCAAUUCAUGUACUGUUGGUUUCAUGCUAAGGUUUUGCACAUACUUAAAAAAUCGCACAUACUGUUUUAGCGCACUAAACAACAUGUUGGUAUGGAAUUUCAGAUGCAGCUAAAAAAUCAUAGCGAGAGUCACAAAAUCCAGUCAUAUUUUAAACUUUCCUUCAAGUUGCACUGUCAGUUAUUUUUUUGUUAAGCUGCAGAAACUGUUUUGUCAGAGGAUUAAAAUUUUGGUAAACGGCAAUUAAAUAGAAUAUCAUGCCCAUAUUAUAUAUUGUGGUCCUUUAAAUUGGCUGCAAUCUGAAUUUUAAGAGCUUCGCCCAUUUUGAAAAUAAUUAGAUUAACAAAGAAUGGAUACGUAUGAUACUAGAGUGAAUCUGGACCUGAAUCUGUCCUGAGCUGCAACUUCAUGCCAAAGCUGAUCGAUAAAUAAAGUUUAAAUUAAAGUAAAUGAUCUGAGAACAGUCUGAAGCUUCAGUCUGUGAAUGAAUCAUCUCCACUACUUUUGAUAAAGUAUUUAAUAGAUUUAAGUCAAUCAGUCACAGAUGAAAUAUUAUACUGAAUAACUGUCAGAAUGAGAUAUGAUGUUUGCACUUUGAUCACUGUGUACCUGGUACUAUAGCAAAAAUGAAUCGGCACAGAUUAGAGUGUGGUACAAGUUGAUCAUUAGAGGUAUUUUUCUCCCAAAUGUUCAGUUUGUGAAAUGUUGUAUUCAAGAAUAACUCUGUGUCAAACUGUCAAAAGUCCCUCCUGACUGGUGACUGAAGUCAGAGUCAAGUCUUAAAAUGAUAAAAAAUUAAGACGGGAGAAUAAAUCAGUAAAUGGGGUGAGAUCAUUUCACUGCUGACCUGCCUUACGUCAAAAUGCUGGACACACAAAUUGCUUUAAAAAAAAAUAUUAACGUGAUUCGUCACUUUUCAAGAUGGACUUUUCAGUUUAUCGGCUGAAUUCUGCAGAACAAUGAACAGAAGAACAAAAAAAAUCUGAGCUUCUGAUGAUGUUUUCUUAUGUUUGUGAUGCAGCAGUUUGUAUUUUUGUGCCAGUUUUAGAGCUCAGAGGUGUCACGUCUGUGUUCGGCCUUCACAGUGACAGACUGCUAAAAGCUUGGCUUUGUUUCAAACACACUGAGGAUUUUAACCACUAGACGGCGCUGAGGCUCUGCUCUCGCUGCGGCUUCUGAAAACGGGUUUCAGUGUGAUUAAAGAGCAGGAGUUAUUUACUGUUUCAUUCUGAACGGUUCCACAUCUGCAGAAGUCCUACAUGUAGAGUUUCACACAGUUUACAGGGAUAAAAACGACCUUAACUUUGAUAUGGUUUUGGUGAGGGGAGUUUGAAUCAUAAAUGACAAAAUCGGCAUAAUAUUUGAGAUCGCUGAGUUAGACACAGUUUCAAUAAUUAGUAGGUUGAAACAAAAACAUAAUCCUGUGAGUUUUUCUCUGGCAAGUUUACGGACGACCGUGAGUCAAAAACCGACAAUUCUUUUUCGCAACAAUUUUCGUUUUUAAAGGGAUAGUGCACCCAAAAAUGAAAAUUCAGCCAUUAUCUACUCACCCAUAUGCCGAGGGAGG